AAAAAUUUUUAAAUAUCAUUUAAUUUUCUGGUAAUUUCAGUUCUUUAGAGCAUCCUCUGCUGGGUCUUGGGGUGUGUGGAUGGACUGGCUAUCUGAUGGGAUUGGAAACCCCUUCUCCACCUAGGAUUGGGGGCUCCAACCACCUUCAGGGAAGGGGGAGCCUGGUUCGUUGUCUUUUUUUUUUUUUUUAAAGAAAACUAUUUAAUUUUUUAAUUUAUUUUUGGUUGAUUUUUGCACAACGAAGUUGCAGCUUCUCAACUUUCUCCCCUGCCCAGGGCUGCGGACCCUGACUGGCCUUGAUCCGCAGUCCCGUUCGUUCCUGUCCUCUUCCCCCUCACCCUCUUCCUCCUGCGGGCUCUAGGGUCUGUCCAUUUGUUACCGUGCUGUGCUGGGGGUUGGCGCCGAAAUGGCGUGAGAUUCCACUUGUGUAGAACUUUGUUGAGUAAAGAUCAGUUUCUUGUGAAACCCUUGGUCUCCAGCUGGCCUCCUGUGUCUUUGGCUUUGGCAGUAGAGAUGUCGAGGGGGCCUGGGAAGCUUUAGAAAUGGGGAUGCACAGGAUUCGGGUCAGGAAAUAAUUGGGAGAGUGGGGAAAGAAGUUAGCUCUAACCAGGGUAUAUUUUUCGGGAGCCCAGGCCUCUGUUUUCUUUCCUGUAAAAUGAGGUGAAUGUGAAAGAUGAUUAAAUGUGAUAACACACAUGGAAUGCAUUCUCUUGGACGUAAUUACAGAUCACUAAACGUCCUGAGCUCACUGAAGGCGAGCCAUUAGUGUUGCAGCCCCGUUUCAUGAUCCCCAUCUGCCUUAGACUAAACUGAGUGGCGAGGGGCAAGGCCUUGCAGCACUCUCAUCUUUGGCUGACUUCACAACUCUGGAUCAUUGUGUAUCUUAGAUACUUUGUAAGAAGGCUCAGCCCAGCUCAGGCCUGUGGGAGAUACGUAAAUAUCAGCAACAGUUACUGAGGCAAAUAAAUUGCUCAGCUCUGGGGAUGCACAAGUCUCAGAAUAAAAUCUUGUGGCAGCUUAGGGCCCAAGGAUCACCUGCAUCACCCUGGGAAAACAAAAAAAUGCUGACACGUCCAAAAUUCAUUCAACAAGUGUGUACAUUUUAGUGAGGGAAUAGAAGAUAAAACAGCAAAACCGUGGUAAUGUUCCAUAGAGAAAAAUACAGUGAGAAGGGGAAUGAGAACAUUGGGGAAGAUGGUUACAGUCUUACAGUAGGGUACUAGGGAAGAUGAUGUUUGAGCAAAGAGUCAUGUGGAUAUGAGAAGGGGUCAAGGCAGAGGGAACAAGUGCUGCUUGCCUGGCUGAAGAGGCUUUCAGGAAGUUAAGAGACUUUUUCAUCAGUAUAAUUUAAGGUAAUUCAGAGUAACUGUUCCACUUAGGCCUCUAGUGUAACUGCAUAUUUCUGGCUCUAGAAGGAGAGACAAUUCGAAUCACUAGUACGACCCAGCCUGCGAACUCGGAAAAGCAGCUUUGCAUUUCUAAGUUCGGUGUCACAUGUGAAAGGUGGUGUCACCUGUGAAAGGUGCCUUCGACAGGGACGCAGUUUUCAAACCAGAGUCCGUUGGUCUUCUGCAUCGGCACCACCAGAGAUGUUUAUUUUAAAAACGCAGGAGCCAGGAAUCUGCUUUUUCCAGCUCUAGGCCUAUGCAGCUCCAGAACGAGACCACUGGAGCAGGACGGCUGUCAGUAACCGGCCAGCUUCCUCACUUCCGGCCGGCGCCUACUGUCAUCAGGCCGCGCCGGAAGCGCCCUCGCGCUGCCUAGGAGACAGGACGCGGGGGCCCGCGGCUGACAGGGCAGGGCCGGCCGCGCCCACUCGGUCGCCAUGGAGCUGCCCCCAGGGCCGCGCGACGAUCCCUGUGCCUGGGACGAUGACUCCGACCCAGAGCCGGACCCCGACCCCGACGCGCAGGCCGAGGCUUAUGUGUCUCGCGUGCUCAGUCCGCCGAAAUUCGGGGUGGCGCCCCCUCGCACCCCUUCGCUGUCCGCUCCUGCUUCAUCCCCUGGAACCCUGGAGCCGCGGGCCGCGUCCAAGGGCCUGGCCAUGGGGCCCCCGGGCCUGCUGAGUCUUCCCCCGGAGCUACUGCUUGAGAUCUGUGCCUACCUGGACGCCUGCUUCGUGCUCCACGUCCUGCCGUGCGUGUGCCACGCGCUGCGCGACCUCGUGCGUGACCAUGUCACCUGGAGGCUACGCGCACAGCGUCGCGUACGCGCACCCUAUCCAGUGGUGGAAGAGGAAGACUUUGAUUGGCCGGCAGCCUGCAUUGAGCUGGAGCAGCAUCUGUCACGCUGGGCAGAGGAUGGGCGCUGGGCUGAGUACUUCUGCCUGGCUGAUGGGCACUUUGCUUCCAUCGAUUCAGUGCUGCUGCUCCAGGGUGGGACCCUCUGUCUGUCGGGCUCCCGAGAUCGCAAUGUCAACUUGUGGGACCUGCGGCAGCUGGGGGUAGAGCCCAGCCAGGUUCUGGUCAAGGCGCUGGGCACCCAGAACAGCACCCACAAGGGUUGGGUGUGGUCCCUGGCGGCGCUGGACCACCGAGUGUGCUCUGGUUCCUGGGACAGCACGGUGAAGCUCUGGGACAUGGCAGCUGAUGGGCAACAGUUUGGCGAGAUAAAGAGCAAGGCAGCUGUGCUGUGCCUGUCCUACCGGCCUGACAUCCUGGUGACUGGCACCUAUGACAAGAAAGUGACAGUCUACGACCCCAGAGUCGGCCCAGCCCUGUUGAAAAGCCGGCGGCUGCACUCAAGCGCGGUGCUGGCAUUGCUGGCGGAUGACCAGCAUAUCAUCUCGGGCAGUGAGGACCAUACGCUCGUAGUGUUCGACCGCCGGGCCAACAGCGUACUGCAGCGGCUGCAGCUGGACUCCUACCUGCUCUGCAUGUCCUACCAAGAGCCCCAGCUCUGGGCUGGUGACAACCAGGGCCUGCUGCACGUCUUUGCCAACCGGAAAGGCUGCUUCCAGCUUGUUCGGACCUUUGAUGUGGGCCACACGUCUCAGAUCACAGGGAUCAAACACUCGCUGGGGGCCUUGUACACCACGUCCACUGAUAAGACCAUUCGGGUACACGUGCCCACAGACCCACCAAGGACCAUCUGCACUCGAAGCCACCACAACGUGCUGAAUGGGAUCUGUGCUGAGGGCAACCUGGUAGUGGCCGCCUCUGGGGGCCUGUCGCUGGAAGUCUGGAGGCUGCAGGCCUGAGCAGGCGGAUGUGGACAUGGAUGUGGAACUGCUGGCCGGCAGGCUGGGCCUCUCAAUCUUCUCGGGGGACCCUCCCCAUCGCUGGUGCUGCCUCGGCUCUGCCCCACAGGCCUGGGGCACAAAAAGUCCUGGCCAGGUUCUGGUGGGGUCCCUGGGCUGGGCUCCAUGCCAAGGAAGGCGUGGCUGGUAUUCCUGCUUACCCAGGGGGCUGCUCCCCACCCUUGGGCCCUGUUUUCAUUAAGAUUUGGACCCUUGCUCUCCCUUGAGAGUGAAGGGGAAAUAAACCCGAUGUACUGGU